CUCCUCAGAUACACUAAGAUGAAAACGGCCACGAACAUCUACAUCUUUAAUCUGGCUCUGGCUGACUCCUUGUUUCUGGCUACUUUACCAUUCCAGGGCACAGACGUGUUCCUGGGCUUCUGGCCAUUUGGGAACGCUCUCUGCAAGGCAGUGGUGUCUAUCGACUACUACAACAUGUUCACCAGCACCUUCACCCUGACGGUGAUGAGUAUGGACAGGUACGUGGCCGUCUGCCACCCCGUCAAAGCGCUGGACAUGAGGACUCCUCACAAGGCAAAGGUGGUGAAUAUCUGUGUGUGGGUGUUGGCUUCGGCCUUUGGUGUCCCUGCCAUGGUCCUGGGAAAUGUAGAGGAGGAACCAGAGCAUAACACUUCCUCGUACGGCUCUGCUGUUGAGUGCAUUGUGGUUUUACCUGAACCAAGGAGUCACUGGGAUCCUGUCUUUGGCACCUGUGUCUUCCUCUUCUCCUUUCUCAUCCCUGUGGCUAUCAUCAGCAUCUGCUACAGCUUGAUGGUCAAGCGCCUGCGCAGUGUUCGCAUCCUGUCGGGCUCCAAGGAAAAGGACCGCAACCUGAGGCGCAUCACCAGGAUGGUCCUGGUGGUGGUGGCAGCAUUUGUUGUCUGUUGGACCCCUAUCCAGAUCAUGGUCCUGGCUCAGUCGCUGGGCUUCAACCUGAGCAGCUUGUUCACGCUGGUGCUGAUGCACUUCUGCAUCGCGCUGGGCUAUGUCAACAGCAGUUUGAAUCCUGUGCUUUAUGCCUUCCUGGAUGAGAACUUCAAGCCGCGGCUGCUUCCGCGAGUUCUGGCCAACCCAUCCCCAUUUCCGCCUUGA